AUGUUUGCUUUUGGAGAAAAGUUGGAAAGAAUACAUACAGAUGUUGCCACGGAGAGAGCGCGGAUCAAGAAAGGAAAAGUGCUGGGAAGGAGGCAAUCAGUUUCAGGACCUGCUGCUUCGGAAACUCUUACUCUUCCUAAUAUAACAACUACACAGCUUACACAACAUAGCCUCGAAACGGCGGCCUGUAGAAGUUGCAAAGAGGGAAUAGAAGGAAUGCCGAAUGGUAUAGAGAGAAAACCCCUGAAUCAAAUUGCAAAACAGGGUCGGUUGAGAGAUAGCACUUUUAUGUUGGAAGAUAAUGGAAAAAGUGGCGUAGAUCAGUUAGAGGGUUUAUUUAUUUCCAAACUGAAUUUCAACAGGGAAGGAACUGAGGAGUCUGUAGAAAACAUCUUGUCCAGCAGUGAUAAAACUAAACCAAGAAAGCAACAGCACAGCCGUCUUUCCAAAAGCGACAGUGGAUUCUGUGAACUUGAUUCAGGGGAUGAUUUAGUCCCUGCCGUCGGCCUUUCAGGGUCUACCUCACAGCCUCAUCAGGACUCUGAUAAAGCGUCUAAUAUAAGUUCUAACAACUCGGUGACUGCGCCGGAAAAAAGACGUAAAAUUACACUCCAUUUCAAAGACAUCUUAAAUCAGGACAAAGCUGUAAUAAGGAAUACAGAGAAGCUGAACUUUCGCCCUAUAAACAUGUGUCUGCAGUCGCAUCAAUCUCUUCAUGCUGACCUUGUCGCGUUUAGAAGUUUGUCUACUCAUCAUAAAGAAGCAAUUUCAAACUGUUCUUUACAAACAAAUGAGCACUGUAUCAAACUACGAGAAGUUGUUCUGAAAACAAAAACAAAUAUCUAUGAUGAUGCUGUCAAACAGUCGGAUACCUCUCUUGCCGUUCUUAAAACGCGACGUCGUCUUUUAAGCAAACGUAACUCUUCUUGUCCACCUUUCCCUUUUGUAAAUCGAAGAAACAAAGAACGCUCGAUGGACUUGGGCAGAGCCACCUAUAAUUCCAAACGCCGUUUAAACUUUUCAGAUGCGCGGGAGCGAUCAAACUCGUAUAGACAAUGUGUAAGUUGUCCUGUUGAUUUACGUUCUUCACAGACCAUAGAACUUUGUCAAAGUAGAGGUGAACUUGAACUGACUGCCGAUACUAGCCCGGCUGCUGAAAUGAGUUGCUCUGUAUCAACAUCAGGAUUGACAGAAAAAGCAUUGUUAGAUGCCUCGCGAUCACAAGAAAAUGCAAAUGUUAACGCUAAAUGCCAAGAAUGGCUUAAUAGAUUAAUUGGCUGUAAUAGCAUUCCAAAGCAAGGUACCAUAUAG